GGCCACCACGGCAGCGGCGGCGAGCACGAGCACGGCGAGCGGCGGAGGCACCGCAGCCGCGGCUGGACCUCGGCCUCGUGGGCGGAGCCUCGGGAGGGGCCGCACCCUGGCAGCGCCGGCCGGGCGGUGCCCGUGGUCGGCCUGCCGAGCGAG